UGUUCAUUGAAGAUUUCAACUCUCGUCUGCUUCAAUUUCGAUUUACUUCUUCUGAAUUUGAUAUUUGGUCGGAUAAUGUGUGUUUGAUUUGAUUCUUGACAAGUUUCUGGGGUUUUGUCACUGGUUUAAUAGUUGUUGUAAUCUGUGAACACAGAGAAGCAUUUGGAGAACACGCUUUGCAUCUUUCUCUUUUUAGACAAAGUUAGAUUGAUUGUUACUUUACAGAAUUUUGGGUUUUCUGGGUUUGUGAGCAAAAUUGGCUUAGUUCAUCUUUAGUUUAGAAUAGUAUAGAGAUUAGUAUAGAUAUGAAGGAAGAUGAUAUCUGUGUAAAAUAUAGUUCAUCGUUAGUAUAGAAAUGAGAUUAGUAUCAUGAACGUUAGUAUAGAUAUGAGAUGGAUUAGUAUUUCAACGUUAGUAUAGAUUUUCUUUAAUCAUGUGAUAUGUUUGGUUUCUCUCUGCAAAUAUUCAAGCAGAUAUCUGUGUCUUCUUUUAUUCUAAUUAGCAAAGUUACUCCAUGUGAUAGCUUAGUUUCAGAGACUCUCAUUUGAAUGCUCUUUUUCUUCUGUAUCACAAUGUGUAAGAAGUCCAUCUUCUAUAUUAGGAGACCAAUCAGAGUAUGAUUUUCUCAUUUCUCUUUCUUUUCUCUACUCUCUGUUCAGAUGUGUUUUGCUGUGAUGGGUUCUCUUCUCCAAUUUUAAUUCCUUGGUUUCAACAGUUCUUUACUUCUAUUCAGUUACAUGUUAUAAUUUCUCUGCUUAAUUUAGCACUUGCAUGUUGUAAUUCUGGUCGUAUUGCAGCUCAUUGUGGAGGUUGAUCUCAAGAAUGAUUCAGCUUCUAUUUAACUUAAACUCUUUUAGUGUAUUAUCACCAAACCUUCAAGAUGGUAUAAAGUUUGUGUGCAUUGAUUUGCAGGAUGGAUUUUGAGUCUCAACUCUCAAGUCUACUUGAAUUAUGAAUAACUUUGUUUCUGAUGAUAGAGACUCUGACUAAGUUUCACUAGAAGAAUCAAAGAGACCUUAAUUUCAUUUCCUUUGGCAACCAAGAUAGUGUUGAUGGCAACCAUUGUAGCUAAUAAAGAAUUUACGGGAAAUCCAAGAAGACAACUGGCUAAGCUCUUUGAUGUGUCUCUUAAAUUAACAGUUCCUGAUGAACCUAAUGUUGAGCCCUUGAUUGAGCCUGGCAAAUUUGGAGAUUACCAAUGUAACAAUGCAAUGGGACUAUGGUCCAUUAUCAAAGGAAAGGGUACGCAGUUUAAGGGUCCUCCCGCUGUUGGACAGGCUCUUAUUAAGAGUCUCCCUACUUCUGAGAUGGUAGAAUCAUGCUCUAUAGCUGGACCUGGAUUUGUUAAUGUUGUACUAUCGGCUAAGUGGAUGGCGAAGAGUAUUGAAAAUAUGCUUAUCGAUGGAAUUGAUACAUGGGCGCCUACUCUUUCAGUUAAGAGAGCUGUAGUUGAUUUUUCCUCUCCCAACAUUGCUAAAGAAAUGCAUGUUGGUCAUCUAAGAUCAACUAUUAUCGGUGAUACGCUUGCUCGUAUGCUCGAGUACUCAAAGGUUGAAGUUCUACGCAGAAACCAUGUUGGUGACUGGGGAACACAGUUUGGCAUGCUGAUUGAGUUUCUCUUUGAGAAAUUUCCUGAUACAGAUAGUGUGACCGAGACAGCAAUUGGAGAUCUUCAGAUGUUUUACAAGAAAUCAAAAUUGAAAUUUGAUUUGGAUCCGGAGUUUAAGGAAAAAGCACAACAGGCUGUGGUCCGUCUACAGGGUGGAGAUCCUGUUUACCGCAAGGCUUGGGCUAAGAUUUGUGAAAUCAGCCGAAACGAGUUUGCCAAGGUGUACCAACGCCUUCGAGUCGAGCUUGAAGAAAAGGGAGAAAGCUUUUACAACCCUUAUAUCGCUAACGUAAUUGAGGAAUUGAGCAGCAAGGGGUUAGUUGAAGAAAGUAAAGGUGCUCGUGUGAUAUUCAUCGAAGGCUUUAAAGCCCCACUCAUUGUUGUAAAGAGUGACGGUGGUUUUAACUAUGCCUCAACAGAUCUGACUGCUCUUUGGUAUCGGCUUAAUGAAGAGAAAGCUGAGUGGAUAAUAUAUUUGACCGACUUUGGCCAGCAGCAGCACUUUCAUAUGUUCUUCAAAGCUGCCAGAAAAGCAGGCUGGCUUCCAGACGAUGAUAAAACUUACCCUAGAGUUAAUCAUGUUGGUUUUGGUCUUGUUCUUGGAGAUGAUAACAAGCGAUUUAGAACUCGGUCAACAGAGGUAGUCCGCCUAGUUGAUUUACUAGAUGAGGCCAAGGAUCGCAGUAAAGCUGCCCUUAUUGAGCGUGGUAAGGACAAAGAAUGGACACCCGAGGAGCUGGACCAAACAGCUGAGUCAGUUGGAUACGGUGCGCUGAAGUAUGCUGACCUGAAGACCAACAGAUUGACGGGUUAUACUUUCAGCUUUGAUCAAAUGCUUAAUGACAAGGGAGAUACAGCCGUUUACCUUCUUUACGCCCAUGCUCGGAUCUGCUCAAUCAUAAGAAAGUCUGGCAAAGACAUAGAUGAGCUGAAAAAGACAGGAAAGAUAGCAUUGGAUCAUGCAGCGGAACGGGCACUGGGGCUUCACCUACUUCAAUUUGCUGAGACGGUGGAAGAAGCAUGCACCACAUUGUUACCGAAUGUGCUGUGCAAAUACCUUUACUACUUAUCUGAAGAGUUCACCAAAUUCUACUCCAGUUGUCAGGUGAAUGGUUCAGCAGAGGAGACAAGCCGUCUCCUACUAUGUGAAGCAACAGCCAUAGUCAUGCGGAAAUGCUUCCACCUUCUUGGAAUCACCCCUGUUUACAAGCUUUGAUACCUCACAUCACAAUGAAACUACCUUAAUGGCUAACUGGUGACAAAGUCUUUCUGGAUUCUCAUUCAGCGUUUUGUACUGUAGCCGAGCAGGUUAUUCUGUCUCAUGUCAUUGUUGUACUGAUCCCAAAAGGGUUCUACGAUUUUUUUUUA